AUGUUCCAUCAUUUCUACUACGAUUUCAACGAAGGCGUAUGCAAGGAGUUCAUCUACGGUGGCUGUGGAGGAAAUGCGAAUCGUUUCGAAACUGCCAGUGAAUGCGCAGUCAGAUGCUCACGACUUCAUCAACCAAGACGAGAAUCAAGUUAUGCUCAUCCCACGGUUGAAGCACUUCAGUACGUAGCGCCGGAAGAUAUACCAUUUGAACAAUCUGUACCGGAACAGACAUCUCAGGAAAAUUAUGGCGACAGGGUGGCCGACGAGGUUUUGCAACGAAUGGAUUACGAUGAGAAAAAGGUUCUGGCUAUUGGGAAGGUUUCGCUGUCGCCUUAUGGUCUACCAGAACUUUGCAGUUUACCUGAGGAACAUGGAUCCUGUUACGACGACAUACUGAGAUGGAGGUCUGCGAAAAGUUUCAUCUUGAAAGAGAAAGCAGUCUGA